AUGGAUCUUCCAGUUGUGGUUGAUUCCGACGAUGAUGAAAUGGUCUCCCACGAACUAGAGCAAAUGAGGAGUAUACUGGAAGAGGAGAUUUUGGAAACGCGCACCAUGCCUCCCGAAAAUCGACCGCGACUUCCCCGCAUACCCCUAAGCAAGCGAAAUCGGGCUGUCGUGAGGGCUCUUAACCCUAUGCUGGUAACCUAUUUGGAAGCCAGCCGGGACCUUUGCGAGACGGACUCAGUUCUGUUUGGCGCCGCAGUGGCAGCUUGCCGUAUUAUUGGCGCCAAACUUCCCCUGGCUGGACGCGCUACUAAACAAAGUAGCGCCAUCCCAGCCUGGAGAAAAAGAAUUGAGGACCGUAUCGCAAAGGCAAGGGCCCUUAUCGGCAGACUGAUAAGCUUCAGGUCGGGUAAUAAUAGACCGAGGGUUGUGCGCUCCGUUAGAAUGGCGUUUGCUGGGACAAAAAUCAGUUUGUCCCAGCCGGAUAUCACGCAGAAACUAACGGAGCGCAUAGACGACCUGAAGCAAAAGAUUGCUGCUUGGGGGAAGCCAGAAUCGUCUCUUCCAGAGUGA